AGCCAUUUUUUUGCUAAAGUUUGAGUCUUGAGGAAAACUGUGGAACUCCAUGUCUUUGCAAAUAUUCCGUUUAGAUUGAUUGUCGGAAUUACAUCCCACAAUAGCACACCGCAUUUUUAUCAAUUUAUCAAGCACCCAGGGUAUAUAAGGUAUGUACAACUAACACAACAAGUCACAAAACCACCAAAAAACACCAACAAAUCACACUAUAUAGUAUUCAUCACGAUACACGUGAACUGCAGUAACGUUACGACAAUCCUGCCGCUGCUAAUCACGAGCCAAUAACUCUCCGGGUGACGUCACGAAGCUCCGCCUACAUGCGCAAUAUCCUAUCUUCAGUGUAUGUGUAUUUGUGUAUCGUGAUCGUGUAUUCCAGCGCAAUGUAAUGUUUUCGUCUGUUUCUCCUUCUACCAGUUUAAACAUGGCCGCGUUUUCUAUUAUAUGUCAUUUAUUCUUCUUAAUUGCUUUCGUCUAUGCCAUAACAUCUGUCAGGUAUUGUCACUGUCACCUGUGCCUACGGUCUGUCAUUUCGCUGCCGCGGGUUCGGGCGAGUGUGUCAUUGCGUGAGUGGCUCCUAGAAAUCGUGAAUUUUCAACGAUUCUGCAGUUAUUUUGGACAGAAAACCAUGCAUUUUCCUCAAAAGUAAACAUCGUAGCACACUUUCACACUAAUUUCUGCAUGGAUCCUCCAUUGUCCUGGGGAUUGCCAGAGCAAGACGGUAGGGCAAAGCUUCUGUGGCACAGAGUUUGGCAAACCCAUCAAGAACUGGAAAUGUUGAACUUAAAAGACAUUGAUAGUGACGUUGAUAUAAUGGCUAACGUAGUUGCGAAUGGCAAAAAUGACUUGAACAAGCCUAACAACUAUCCAAACCGCCGCAGACCUGUCCUAAAAAUUAUCGAUAGGAAACCUCCUCCAGACUAUGGCGGAUGUCCGUGGAGACUACCUAGAUUUUCCUAUGGUAGGGCAGUUGUGGGGCUACACCAAGAGAUUGAGCACUUUUACCACUACAUGAGCCCUUCUGAGGCUGAAAACCAAAUCAGAGCAGAAGUAGUAGCUAGGAUAGAAAAAAUAAUCCUUUCAAAAUGGAAUGAAGCCAAAGUAGAGGUUUUUGGAUCAUAUAGAACAGGCCUGUAUCUACCUACCAGUGAUAUUGAUUUGGUUGUUUUGGGCAAAUGGUCUAGCCUACCACUUCGUACCCUAGAGCAGGAAUUCUUAGAAAAAGAUAUAGCAGUAGAGAAUAGCAUCAAAGUCUUAGAUAAAGCUUCAGUUCCCAUAGUGAAGCUAACAGAUAAAAAAACUGAUAUCAGAGUUGACAUAUCCUUCAACAUGUCCAAUGGUGUGAAAUCUGCUGAGCUGAUAAGAACAUAUGUGGAGAAAUUCCCAGUGUUGCCAAAGCUAGUCUAUGUCCUAAAGCAGUUUCUUUUAGAAAGGGAUUUGAAUGAAGUUUUCACUGGAGGCAUCUCAAGUUAUAGCUUGAUCUUGAUGUGCAUUAGUUUCUUACAAUUACAUCCCAGACAAGAUUCUAUAAGGGAUAAUUCUGCUAACUUGGGUGUUCUCCUUCUUGAAUUCUUCGAACUCUAUGGUAGAAAAUUCAACUACAUAAAUACUGGCAUUAGGAUAAGGGAUGGUGGUAAAUAUAUUAACAAAGAAGAAAUGCAAAGGGAAAUGGUAGAUGGACAUCGACCUAGUAUGUUAUGUAUAGAAGAUCCUUUACAACCGUCAAAUGAUAUCGGCAGAAGUAGUUAUGGAGUAUUACAGGUGAAACAAGCCUUCGAAUAUGCCUACACUAUCCUCAACAAUGUUAUGUACCCGUUAUCAAUGUAUGCUGACUGCCAAAGAGCUAGUAUUUUAGGAAGGAUUAUUAGAGUAAGGGAUAAGGUAGUGCAGCAAAGGUUGAGGAUAGAAAAUGCAAUGAGACAAGCAAAUGUGAUAAACCAACAACAAGUGUUCCAACAAAGGCCAUCUAGGAGUAGUAGCACAGGCAGUACCACUUCCAGUGCAGAAGAAAGUGUUAGCUCGGGGGGCUCAGACAUACCAUCGAGAGACAACUCACCCAAUGUUACAAGGCGAGGGAGUGACCACCAUUAUACCCCUCAGAGACACAACAACUCGCAAAGGAGUCCCAACAACGCGGGAGGCAACAGAGAUCGAGAACCCCCAUGGAGGAGUAGCAGCCACAGAAAUAGCAAGUUCAGAAAUAGUCAAAAUAAUAAUAUUCAUAGUCAUAGUCAUUCAAAACACAGUAACGGAGGAGGGGUGUACAAUCAGACUAAGAGGAAAAAGUAAAGACUGUUACUUAGUGUCAUAAGGUAGAGUAAGUAGAUAGGGGACAAAAUAAAAUUAAUCUGCACGUUUUUCCUAUACAGCGCCUUUCUUUUAUGUACACCCCUAAUUAUUGUUUAAACGGCUCAACAAAGCAAAUUAAAAUUCGGUGAUGAAUUUGAUGCAUAGAAACUACAUUUUAAUGUACUCAGUAAAAUGUUUGUUUUUACUGAGUUUUAAUAAAAUUGUCUUGAUAAAACCUGUCCAACAGAAAAAAAUAUAUAAUGAUACACAUGCGUGUCGGCCAGCACCUAGCAAAAGAUUAAUAGCUAGGUGCGAUCGAUACGCUUCAGUUUACUACUUAGACAAUUACUCGUAUUAAGCCUAAAAAAUUAAAAUUUUGGAGAAAAAAACAUUGCCGCAUCUGGGUUACUCUGCAUCAUAGAAGCUAGCAGUGAAAGGGUUAAACAGACUUUUCAAACAAAUUCACUCCGGUUAAAGUAUGUUUAGGCUUUUUCUGGCAUUCUCGACAACUUUUUGAAGGUGAUAUCCCGAUACAAUAUUUGAAAAAAAGCAAGAUGUACAUUUUUCAAAAACGAUAUAGAAAAAAUCCCAAAGUAUCUAGGUGGUGUUGUUAUUUUUUUGUUAUUGUUAGCCUUUUUUUAAUUACCUAUCAGUGUAAGGUAUCUUCCACGUGAGAGGGAGAGAGUUUGCUGCCUCCACGGUUGCAUCUUCUCAUGCUUACCCAUAGCAUACGUUUACAAUUGAAAAUCAAAGGCUUAUUAAAAAUACCCUCUAAAAUGCUUUAGGAUUUCAUUGAUGGGUGUCUGAAGGAUAUUUAGGAACUUGGGCAACAUUAAUAUUUUCGUUUUUUCAUAUUAUUUUUCGAAAAUUGGAUAUUUCGCACUUCUUCAAAUAUUGUAUCGCUUAUAUCUUGAAUAUCAGUUUUAGAGUGAAUUUCUAAAUCACCUUAUUUGUGCAGAGUAUCCUAAAAGAACCUAAAAACACUGACUGCAGCGAUUGUUUUUAUUUUGUUUAGAAAUAUUGUACAAAUUUUGACACAGUUGUGGACUAAUAAGGUGUCAUGUUGAAUAUUAUUUUGAAGCUCCUUUAGAGUAUUUUACAACUCAAGUCUGUAAGGCUUCUGUCUUUCUAAAUGGAGGACUAGUAAACAGUUACACUAGACAGUUUUUGUACAUUUCAACAUUUUUUUAUCACAUGCAAUUUUUUAUAUUUUAUUGCGUACACAAAAAAACCUUUCCUAAAGGAGAAUGUUGAUGUGGCAUACCAUGGGACUAUGAUGAUCAGGUGAUGUGAUCGAGCGAAUGCACCAAAAAGGCUUAUUUUACAGUAAACUUCAAAAUGAUGUAUCACAUGAUUUCCUGUUCAGUUGAAAAAACCUCGCUCCGCCACCUUAGAAAUUUCAAAUGUCGCUUUUACGCUAAAAUGUAUCUGUGCCCCAAUUUCAUCAUCCUAAAUUUUGAAUUGCGAUCAUGAGCCGUUUAAAAAAAAUAUUGGGGGGAAACAUUGACGAAAAGUAGUAUUUGGGAACCUAUGUUACAGUCUUAUAGAAUUAUCAGCAAAAAAAAUACAAAAACCAGAAAGAUUAUUAUUUUCAUAUUUCACGUACUACAGUUCUUCCAGCAUUUUUAAUACAGUGUAAAGCUGAACACAGGCAUUGUUUUUUGACAGGCUUGCCAACAUGCUACCUGUGGUUGCCAUUGCUAGAGAUCUUAGUUCUAAAUUAUUCGAACUCGAAUUUUGGCUGGUCACGUGCUAAAAUUCAAAAGCACAUGAGAGAUAUGCGACUAGUCAACUCUUUGUCAUGGUCAAUCCGACUAAAAAUAGCGGAUCGUAGUUGGAAGGCGGAAGGUCCGAAUUUACAGAAUCGCAACCAUGCUUGGCGCAUUGGUAAGACGGUACAUAAAGCAGCGUCUGUGCCUAACUUUACACAGAUUCAGUCCUGAAUUCCAGUUUAGGUAAAGAAAAUCACGUCAGUCUGUUUAUUCAUUCCUUUAAAUCCUUGCUGCUCAAUUUCAAAACUGACUAAAUAUAAAAACUGCAACUUUUCACAUUUAGAGCACGAAUAUUUUUUUCAAGAUCAUUCCAUCCUUUUCAUUGGGAAGAGGCUCUUGCUAUUUUUUUUUUCGUAACAACCAGUUCUCAUAGUAUGGAAAAAUGUGCAGUCCUGAUACACAAUACAAUCCAUUGUGUAUACCUGUAUAUUAAUGUUUCAUUUUUAUCCUAUUUAUUAUAAUUAUAAUGAAAAAAAAACAAAUAUUUUUUUAGGAAUAUCCAUUCCUCUGGUGUAUUUACUUGAGUAGAGCUAUGGCAUAUUGUUUUAUUUGUCAUAGUUAAAAUUCUUAACUUGGUACAAUAUGUAAAUACAAAGUGUGGUCAAAAUUUUAAACAAUGACAUUUUGGCGUUAAUGACUCAUUAUUCAAGGGAUGAAUUAUUGAGCUUCUUUAGAAACGUCAAAAUAUUGCAUAUAUUACCAGUUACAUUUCAGUGAUAUAAAAAAGCCUUGUCUAUAUAACCAGUUUUGGGGUUUUAGUAUUGUCAAUAGUAAUUGUGAGCACACAAUAUGUGGGUCUUAUCAAAGUCUUUUUUUUAAUAAGAGCCGCUAGGCAUUUAGAGUAAAUUGUUGUAUAUUUUCCCAAUAUCAAUAUUAUUAACGAAAAUUUUUGGUUAAUUUUAUCACACCUUAUACAUUAAAAGAGACACCUCUCUUUUCUCAAUUAGUACUGUUACUUGAAUGAGAUCCACAAAUGUAGCGGUAUCCUCUUGAAUGUUUACCAUAUGUCUAGUGAAAGCCUGCUAUAUUUUGACUAGUUAUGUGAAUUCAAACGUGUAAUUAUUUUGAAGGAAUAUCCAUUUAAACAUGGGGUUAAAUAGAUCACUAUUGCGAAGACAGUACAAUCCCAGUGAAAAAAUAAACCAGUAACACUCAGAAUUUAUAUUGACCACAUGUUGUAUGUCAAAAAGAAAUUUUAUUUUUAUAUUUCUAGACAAUAUCCCAUUAGUUCAAUGUGACAUAAUUUUUAUCUUUUGUUUACAAUGUGCUAUUAAUAUCUUGCCAGGCGUUGUGAGAUGUCAGAAUUCCUAUUCAUAAGAAACUACUUUGAAUCAACGAAAUACCAGCUGAACAGCACAGUGAGCGGAUAAGUUAGCUAAUCCUAUGAAAUUUACGAACCUCAUUUCUAAAAUUUUUGAUCAUCUAUAAUGGCAUAGCUCUGCUAUAUUUUCAAACUAAUGGGAUACAUGUAUAUUUUAUUUUGCGUAUAUUACGCAUAUCUGAAAUCAGAAUGUGCUUUUUAUACAGGGAAAUUCAAAUUCAAGAGACAAGUACUUAAACUCCUGGAGGGUAUUUGAAAAGUAGCUCAAAAUAAAAAGUAUAUUAUGAUAACAUUCAAAUGGUCCCUGGUGGAUUGCAUUAUCUACAAAGAUGGUUAGAGGCUUUAUUGGUCUUUCCUUUUUAGCACAUCGAGCUUGUUUUUUGAAAUUUGGAAAUAACACGUUUUAGGACCGAUUGCUUUCUGUCUCUAGUGAUUAGUGAAAAACUAAAAAUGCUGAUUGAAAGUUCUUCAGUUAGCAUAGGUGGUUUUAAUUAUUACAAGCUAGAGUGAAUAGCCAAUGGAUCUGAGAGGCAACCACCGGAUGUUUCAGUUUAAUAUUUGUGUCAUCUGUAAUUUUCUUAUUGAAUUUUUGCUUCUCAAAUACUACUAACACAUUUUUAUAAAAUUUUAGUGUAUUCUUUUUUCAUUUCAUCAAAACCCUUUUUACAAAUUUUGUCGAUCUAUUUUGUAGGUAUCAUUAUGUAAUUCUUAAAUGAACAUGGGAAUUUUAGUUUCGCGGUAAUUAUUUACACAAUUUCCAAAAUAAAACCUCUAACGAUGGUAGUAUGAAAUUUACAAAAUGUUAUCGUCGUUACCUUUUUUUGUAUAUAUUUGUAGACAGUUUGAUAUUCUUUUUUCAUCCAAUUUUGGACUUGCUAUUUCUGAUUUAUUGUACAUUUUUGUACACCUCCUUGUGUCCCAGUUCAGCCGGUUUUAUGUGUUAUUUGUAUAUAUUUAGUUAGUAUUUUUUUUUGUAAGUACAAAAAAGCCCAAAAGAAAACAUCAUUUUUAAAAAAAAUAUAAAACACCGAAUUUGUACAGAAAAAUCAUAAAAUCAAAAAUGUUUGUCAAUAUGUAUAUUGUAUAUAACGUAGCGCCUUAAAAAUAAAAAAAUGACGUAAUAAAGAAAAUAUAUUUUCUAACUUUAAGGCGCAAACAGUGUG